UUAUUAUUUAGGGAACAAACAAAACAACACAACACAACACAUGUAAAGAUCUCACUUUUCCCUUCCUUACAAGAAAUAAGAUGCCAUGGAUGCCACUUUCAAUUACUACACUAGCACCACCACUAGCAGCAGUAGCAGCAGCAGCUCACCGACAACUCAUUUCACUAAAACCUCUCGGCGGAAACUUCCCCGGCGGCGUGAAAACCUCCCGAUCGGAAAGUUUUUCCGGCGAAGGAUCGUCCGAUACUUGCUUCUGUUUAUACUAUUGUUUGUAUCCGGUAUGAUCACGUUCAUCAGUCCCUUGUUUGCAAUGCUGUACCCUAAUUAUCCACCUGGCUCGAUUUACCGGAGCCAUGAGGUUUUCCAGAAUCUUCUGGAGGAUAUUCUGUCUGAUCAUUCUUCUGAUAUUCAGUUGUCUGAUGUAUGGAGAUAUAAAAUGAAGAUGAAAGAGCACAAGCCUUGCCUGACGCCAACUACUCGUCAGCAUCUUGAGACGAGCAUAGCUGAUAAAUACUUGAUUAUUGAGGCAAAUGGUGGUCUAAAUCAGCAACGUGCAUCGAUAUGUAACGCGGUGGCAGUGGCAGGUCUUUUGAAUGCAACGCUACUCAUUCCUCGUCUUAAUUUUCAUAACGUUUGGAGGGAUGCAAGUGAGUUUGGGGACAUAUAUGAUGAAGAACAUUUCAUAUCCACCCUUAAGAAAUACGUUGAUGUAGUCCGGGAGCUCCCAAAGGAAUUAAUGGAACAUUAUGAUUUCAAUAUAAGUAAGAUACCAAACGUUAGAGUCCCAGCGUGGGCAUCUGCCAGAUACUACUUGGAACAAGUUUAUCCUGUCUUCAAAGACCAGAGGAUCCUUCGGAUUGCUCCGUUUGCAAAUAGAUUGGCUUCAAGUCUCCCUUUUCAUAUCCAAUAUCUUAGAUGCCUAACCAAUUAUGAAGCAUUAAAAUUCUCUAUCCCCAUCACCACACUUGCUAAAUCACUAGUAGAAAGAAUGACGGUUAAUAGUUCAGGUUCAGGUGGUAAAUACGUUUCUGUCCACCUUCGGUUUGAAGAGGACAUGGUUGCCUUUUCAUGUUGUGUGUAUGAUGGAGGAAAACAUGAACAACUUGAAAUGGAGCAAAUACGCGAAAGGGGGUGGGGAGAUAAGUUUAAACGUAAAAAUUAUAUCAUAGAUCCUGUUCGUUUCCGAAUUGACGGCAGGUGCCCCAUGACCCCUUUGGAGGUAGGGAUGAUGCUAAGAGGUAUGGGAUUUUCAAACACAACUCCAAUAUAUUUGGCAGCUGGAAAAAUUUACGAGGCCGAUAAAAAUAUAGCUCCUUUAAAGAAAAUGUUCCCUCUUCUACACACCAAGGACUUGCUUGCUUCAUUAGAUGAGCUUUCAUCAUUUCAGGGCUAUUCUUCAAGGUUGGCUGCUUUGGACUAUAUUGUGUGCUUGUUCAGUGAAGUAUUUGUAACCACACAAGGAGGAAAUUUCCCACAUUUUCUGAUGGGCCACCGCAAAUUUAAAUACGGUCAUGCAAAGACCAUAAUUCCAGAUAAGCGUAAGCUUGUUGUUUUGCUGCACAAUACCACUAUAAGUUGGCACACCUUCAAGAACGAAAUGCAAGUAAUGCUAGAAGAAAGUGACCACAAAGGGGUUGCGAUACCUAAAAUCAAGAAAUUAACAAGAAAGAAUUCGAUCUAUGCCCACCCUUUUCCAGAUUGUCAAUGUCUUCAGGAAUCAAGAUUCUCCACAGAAGAAUAAGACACUUCAGUUCUUGUCAUAUUUAUGAUCACACAAGAAUAACAUGGUCAUUUCUUCUCCCUCCCUCCAUAAUCUCUAGUCAAUUCUUGUACAUGUGGGAGAAAGAUUCCAGCAAGUGACAUCUUAUAGAAACAUGAUUCUUGUACACUAUUUUCUAUUUUUAUUUUUUUUAUUUUUUUGUUUUUUUACACUAUAAAAGUUACAAAACCGAUGUUUUAGGGUAUGUACGCGCCCUGAACCACUUCUAAAUCUGCCUGCCAUGGCCAUGGCCACACAUGAUGGGAGGCCAUACGUUGAACUACCGGCACGAAUUUGGUUUAUUGUUAUGGGUGGUUGUGAGCUUCUUUAGGUAUUAUUUGCAAUUUUGACUGAGUUGGUGAUAGAUUUCUGGUCCUCAUUGUUAAGAUUUGAUAUUAUAAAUUAAUAUGUGUUGGUUUUAUCA